CGGGUGGCGCAGGCGCGGUGUCCCUGGGCCAAGAUGGCGGCGCGGUGUUCCACGCGCUGGUUGCUGGUGGCUGUGGGGAACCCUCGGCUGCCGGCUGCAGCGGGGAAAGGCGCCGGGCCGCCCAGGGGGGGCGUGGUGGGGGCUUCGCUGGGCUACAAGCUGAACGUCACUACCUUCGCGCCUUCCUUGGGAGCUCGGGGCUCCGGGGCGCUGCUGACAUUGAGACCCGGUGUCAGCUUCAAAGGAGUAAAAAGUUACCCUUUUGUUUGUACUGCCUCCUUCCACACGAGCUCCCCUUUGGCCAAAGAGGAUUAUUACCAGAUACUAGGAGUGCCCCGAAAUGCCAGCCAGAAGGAGAUCAAGAAAGCCUAUUACCAGCUGGCCAAGAAAUAUCACCCAGACACAAAUAAGGAUGAUCCCAAAGCCAAGGAGAAGUUCUCCCAGCUGGCAGAAGCCUAUGAGGUGCUGAGUGACGAAGUGAAGAGGAAGCAGUAUGAUGCGUACGGCUCUGCUGGCUUCGAUCCUGGGGCCGGCAGCUCCGGACAGAGCUACUGGAAGGCAGGCCCCACUGUCGACCCAGAGGAGCUCUUCAGGAAGAUCUUUGGGGAGUUCUCAUCAUCUUCUUUUGGAGAUUUCCAGAAUGUAUUCAAUCAGCCUCAGGAGUACAUCAUGGAGUUGACGUUUAAUCAAGCGGCCAAGGGGGUCAACAAGGAGUUCACCGUGAACAUCACUGACACCUGUGAGCGGUGUGACGGCAAGGGGAACGAGCCCGGCACCAAGCUGCAGAACUGCCACUACUGUGGUGGCUCUGGAAUGGAAACCAUAAAUACAGGCCCUUUUGUGAUGCGCUCCACGUGUCGGAGAUGUGGGGGCCGAGGCUCCAUCAUCACGACUCCCUGCGUGGUAUGCAGAGGAGCAGGACAAGCCAAGCAGAAGAAGAAAGUGGUGAUCCCCGUCCCUGCCGGAGUUGAGGAUGGCCAGACUGUACGGAUGCCUGUAGGAAAACGGGAAAUUUUCAUCACGUUCAGGGUGCAGAAAAGCCCUGUGUUCCGGAGGGACGGUGCAGACAUCCACUCCGACCUCUUUAUUUCCAUAGCUCAGGCUCUUCUUGGAGGGACAGCCAGAGCUCAGGGCCUAUACGAGACCAUUACCGUGACGAUCCCCCCUGGGAUUCAGACAGACCAGAAGAUUCGGAUGAGUGGGAAGGGAAUCCCCCGGAUUAACAGCUAUGGCUAUGGAGAUCACUACAUUCACAUCAAGAUAAGAGUUCCAAAGAGACUGACAAGCCGGCAGCAGAGUCUGAUCCUGAGCUACGCUGAGGACGAGACCGACGUGGAGGGGACAGUGAACGGCAUCACCAGCACCAGCACGGGUGGCAGGACCAUGGAUAGCUCCGCAGGAGGCAAGGCUAGGCCUGAGGCUGGGGAGGACAAGGAGGGAUUCCUUUCCAAACUUAAGAAAAUGUUUACCUCCUGAUACCUAGCCGAGGAAAACGGUCCACUGGAAACUAGGCCGGGAGUAGCAGCCCCUCCUCAUGGCCAGGGCACCAGAAGGAUUCCAGAAUCAGCAGCACCGGGCCCCUUCCUGCAGAGGGCAACAGCAAAAUCAUGUGACAACAUACGUCUCCACUGAAUGGUCACGGGACAGCCCCUGGCAGUAGGGUGUGGCACGCGUAAGGGGUGGUAGAACUUUCCUGUCCAUGGGUAGGUAACGUGGCCUCUUCUGGCUCAGGCGGAAUAAAACAACUGGACCAUCUUUCAGAGCUAAAACUCUAAUUUGGAAUCAAAUGUGGUGAUACUAGUUAAAGAAUUAAAGGCCAUGCUUACAGCUUAAAAAUGAAGCCUUAAGCUGCACCGAGUCAUGAAGUGAUUAAUUUCCCUCUCGGCAAACCUCCGAGAGGUUCUGGAAUGAGUCUUUCCUUCCAGGUUGUCUUUCUGAGGAACCUGGGGCCUGCACGCCCCACCACAUCAUCCAUCCUUCAGCAGAGACGUCCUAUUUCCUUCCUGGAGUUUGUUUUAAUUCCCAAAGAUCCCAAGCAGCUGGAACAUGGGCACCUUGGGGCCUGGGGAGGCACAUACCAAGGGCGUCCCUGGAGAUGCCAUUCCUGACCAUGUGGGCCGUGAUCUUUAUCAGGACGGAUAGUCCUUCCUUCCACAGUGUGUGGGGUGACCUCUUGUCCCCGACUGUUGAGUUCUGUUGUUCUAAGCCAGGUGUGGGGCUCCUGCCCUUCCGCUGGACCACAGGUGGUCACGGCUGCAGUCUGGGCCCAGCAGGCUAACAGCCUGUUAACCUAGUGCCCUGGCCCCUCUGCCAGGGGCUUAGUUCUCACCACUCACACUGUUGACAUCUGUUUUCAGAAGUGUGUGUAAGUUUUUCAAUGCUGAGAGUCAUCAUCUUCUGUAGAAAUGUUUGUUCAGAAAAGGAAAGCACAGUCUGAGCAGUUGAAGGUUUCACCGUCCAGCCAGAGCAAACCACAGUCCCUCAGAAUCGGCUUGUAGGAUGUACGGGCUCCAUGUGUUUCCAGAUCCUACCCCUGUGGUAAGACAGGCUAAUGGAGAAAACUUAUGAAUACUUUUUGUUUUCCUUCAUAAUUUACUAAAAUAAAGUAUCUAUUACUCUCUGAUCUAA